AUUUUAGUGUGUCAACAAGGACUGGAAGACGACGAGGUCGCUAGGCCAUCUCCAGGAUUCGUGCCAAAAACUAGGACCAACACAGAGUUCCGAGAAUUUUCUCCAGUUCGUGGAAAAGGACGGCCGAACGAGCGAAAUGAUUCGGAUAUUGUAAAGCAGCUCCAUGCUUUGCAGGCACGUGUCCAAGACCUUGAAGCAAUUAGCAGCAGAUCUUUGUCAGUGGCAAAUGAAGCGCGUCAUAAGCCUGCAAGUUUGAAGAAUGAAGUAAACCAUAUUUUCACCCUCAAAGGAAUGUUGUUUGAAAGCCGACAAAAACGAAAUGCAGAUAAAAGAAAGAAAACUAAGCCAAAUAAACACAGGCACAAAUCGUGCUGCAAGCGAAAGACUGUAGAAGCUAUCCAGGUUGAGGGCAUGGUAGAAAUAAGCAAUGAACCAGUUGACCACUGGGCUUACGAAAAUCUUUCAGGAACAUUCCACAAGUUUAAAUAUGCAGACUGGUUUUUCAAUCAACCAAAAAAAGCAAGAGAAAAGCAGUUUGAGCUAGACUUUCCUAAUGGAAAACUGAAAGUGAAGCAAUCUGGGCUCUAUCUUUUGUAUUCACAGAUAACGUUAAAGGGAAAUGGAACACAGGGUUACCACGUCAUAAGAAACGAUAAGUCUCCUAUUUUGGCAUGUUAUUCAAAUAACAUGAUGUUGCACGACGAAGACAAAACAUCCUGCUUUACCAUGGGAAUGGUGAAACUAGCGAAAGAUGAUACAAUUGAAAUAAGGCAUAUUUCUAAAUCUGGGAUUCGAGCUGUCUUUACAUCGAAUGCAUCUUUCUUUGGACUGAUUAAAGUUGGCAUUUUCAACAAAAAAGGAGCUGUUUUUACUGUUUAGCUUAUAUUGUUGAACAAAUUCUCCAGCACUUCCACAUUUGUCAAAACAUCAUAUAAACUUCAUUAAAUGGCAUAGUCAAAGUCGAUCUCAGUGUUGAGAGUCCUAGAAAAAAGGAAGAGAAAUUCGUCGGCAACAGGUUUAUUAAGUGUAAAUACUUCAAUUCUACCUCACAUUUAUUUUGUAAAUACAGCAUUGUAAUGUUUAUAUGAAAAUUGUAAUUCAAUGUAAAUAGUACGGUUUGUAAUGGUUGUAAAUAUUUAUUAUUGUCUUUAACUUGUUAUUUGUAUUGUUUAUAUCGUUGAUUGAAUGAAUGAAUUUUAAAAAAAAAAACUGGCUGAUUUUCUAA